AUGGCUCAAGCUUUACUCAAUUUCCGGGUUUCUCCUUCUUUUCCAAUCCCCAAAACCCUAAUUCAGUCUCACUCCCUCCAAAGCUUCAACAAUCCGACCAUAAACUCACGACGGUACCUCUUAGCCAGACCAAUCCGAUGCGCAGCUUCUUCCACAUUAAGAACCUGCAAGAAUUGCAAAACCCAAUUCGAUCCUCUCCUCAAUCACCCUCGUGCUUGUAGAUUCCACACUGCCCAUUUCGGAGGUGAAACGAAGAGGAAAUUCGAGAGUGUAUACACUGGUGGAACAAUGGAUACACCAAAUUCUGGACAAGUUUUACAGUAUUGGCAUUGUUGUGGUUCUGAAGAUCCGUUUGAUUCUGGAUGUACUGCAUCUCCACAUUCUACAUAUGACGAUUGA